AUGAAAUUCUUAAUCGUUCUCGUUGCCCUCGUUGCUGCCGUUAGCUGCGCUCCUCACGGACAUGGCGGACAACAACAACAACCCCAAGUUAUUCACGUUAAGGUUCAACAAGCACAGCAACAACAACAUCAUGCUCCCGCUCCUCAACCCCAAGUUAUCCGUGUCAUUCAAGAACAAGCUCCCGCUCAACACGCUGCUCCCCAACCCCAAGUUAUCCACGUUCAUGUCCAAAAACAAGAACAACAACAUCACGCUCCUGCUCCUCAACCCCAAGUCAUCCGUGUUAUCCAAGAACAAGCUCCUGCUCCAGCUCCAGCUCACCAAAGCCACGGACAAGUUUUCCACGUUCAAGUCCAACAACAACAACAACAAAACAACGGAUGGUAA